AUAUAUAGACACCGAGCAAGGACGGAGCGUCAAGAGGGCAUUCAAUUGAUUAGAAAAUAAUCUCCCUUCACCGUUAAUUAGGGUUUCAACUUUCAAUUGAUUGCUGCAUCUUUCACUCAUUAGUCGCAAUCGCAAGGCGCAACCAGUUCUCAGCUAAUCUUAAUAUCUGCUUCAAUUUCUCAGUUUACAGAUAAGCUUGGUUGAUUGACAUUUGAUGAAUUGAUGAUUAUCCGGCUUGCAUAAGGGAUACUUGCUUUAUGUGUUAUUGAAAAAUUGGAGAUUUUUCUGCAGUCUCCUGUUUUGAAGAUUGGGCUUAAUUCCAGGGGACUUGCAUGUGUUGCAUUAGUUAUUUUUUAUCAGCCAAUACAACGCAGAUAAUAUCUAUGAUUUCUUGAGAUGUGCUGUCACCUAUUGUAGCUUUACAAAGGUUGAAAGCCAACUGAAUUGAUUUUGGUAAGGUUUAUAGAAAAUAGCUAAAACGGGUUCACUGUGUUGUGUGGCUGCAAGGCCACAUGGGUCAAAUACGACCAAUGGGGACUGGUCCAUGGGUCAGCAUGAGCCUUACUGGCAAACUAAUACAAGCUUCUCACCACCCCCAUCAAGAUGGGAUUUUAGUUUCCCAUCUGAAGAGCUUCCGUAUGAUUCACGUGAUGGCCUGCUUUUGAGUAGUCCUCCUGAUCUUUCUCCAGGUCCUCAGUGGACGCCUCCAGUCAUACAGGAAAUUAAUGCUGAUGAUUAUGAAACUGCAACAAAGAGAGGUCAAGUUUUGCUGCAAUUACCUUCCACUCCUAUUAUAGCAGGAACUUCUGGAAAACCAGAGACUUGGGGAUCCACUUCAUCCUUUUCAGAUAGCUAUGAGUCCGAGCCCACAUUCAAGUCAUGCCUAUCCUCUCAUUACAACUUUUCAGGUCGUCGUUCCUUUUUGUCAAAACCCAUCCACCCUUUGUUCUUUCCCACCCAAGCUCCAAAAGAAGCUUCUGAAACCCUAGAUACUGGGCUGUCUGAGUUUGACGCUGCUACUGUGCAAAGAGAUGCCCACCGUUGGAGCAGUGCUAGCAGUAGCAUAGAUUCUUCAGACGUUUCUGAACCAUUUGAAUCUGAAAUUUUAGGUCGAUUAUGUAUUUCAUCUGAUGGUUUUAAAUGUGGAUUGUGUGAAAGAUUUCUUUCACAAAGAUCCCCUUGGAGUUCACGGCGGAUUGUGAGGAGUGGAGACAUGCCUGUGGCUGGGGUCCUUUCAUGUUGUCAUGUUUUUCAUGCAGAAUGUUUGGAGCAGACAACACCCAAAGCACAUAAAAACGACCCUCCUUGCCCUCUCUGUGUCAGAUUGGAGGAGAAAAAUUCCACAGACCUCCAAGUUUUCCCCAAGUUGAGGAAUGGUUUCCCAAGUUCUAAACCAUCUUCUGAGUAUGGACCAUCUAGGCCCUGGGGCUGUGUGCCAAUGGGAGAUUUUGUUGAAGGUGCACUACAUGAACCCCAUCGGAAUACCAUGUUGCUACUCAACAGGAGCCGAAUGAGAAAGAAUCUUUCUUUGAAGGGGAACUCUAGCAAGGAAUUUCCAGGAAAGCUGAGGAAGAGUGAUUCGUAUUCUUCACAGCCACUGAAUGGAAAAUCUGUUGAUUUUGGAACAGUUGGGUGUUCAAAGACAACAACAACAAAUCCAAGUAUGAAGAGGUUAUAUUAGUAUUACCUUCUCUUUUUAGUUUGCUAAUUGAUUCUGUCUCAUGUUAGCUGGGUAGAUGCCUGGCAAUUGGCAAUGAGAAUGAACAACUAGGUCAUUCUGUAUAGUAAUUUUAUGCCAACUUUUUAAUUGAAAUUGCGGUUGGAAUUUAGGCAAUUGCAUCAUGUAGAAUUACUUCAUAUUUGCUGAAAGAUUGACCUUUUCUUUUCUUUAA